CAUGAUAAGAAUCUAAGAAGCUAACCUAGUGCACACCCAUUGCCAAUAUACAAAUAAAAAAUAAAGCCUAUAAAUUGGAAGCUAUAGCUUGAAAGGUGUUGUAAACCAUUAAUCCCAUCUCUUACAUAAAAAAACAAAAGCAAAAAUGGAGAAGAAAAAAUGCAAUAUUAAACCAGUAAUAAUGGUUAUGAUGGUGUUGAGUUUGGUAAUAAUAGGACAGUGUGAUGCAACUUCAUUUAGUGAUUGCUACAAAGGUUGUUUUCUAAAAUGUCUUAUAAUUCCAAAUGGUAGCUCUAUCUUUUCUUGUGCAACUAAGUGUGUUAAAGAUUGUAUUUUGCCAUCAUCAUCUAUGGUGUCUUCUUUAGAUUAUAAACAGCAAACCAAUUACUUCUGCAAGCUUGGUUGUGCUUCUUCUUUGUGUACCAACUUUAGCUCCAUCACUGAUCCAGGGGAAAAGAAAGUGGAAAGGUGUGUGAAGUCUUGCUCAAACAAAUGCACCACCAACUACUUACCGUGAAGAUUCUUAUCAAUUUUUAGCAAUUUAGUGUUCACGAGCUGUAACUUAAAUGCUAUAAGUGAUAAAACAGUAAACUGUCAAAGUCGGAGGUUUAAAUUCUCUCAAGAUCGCUCUCCUCUCCGGUUAUCAAAAAAUAAAAUAAAAUUUAGAGUUCACGGGCUUACAUGUUACAAUGGCAAAAUGGCAAAAUGACAAAAUGUUUGUCUUAAUUCAGCAGCACUCGACUCGUGAUUGGGAUCCAGCUUCAUCCAUUUACUUUUUUUUAAAAAA